AUGGCCCCCUCUCUCACCGAGACCACCGCGACACUCUCUCUCCGCGAGCCGGCAAAACAGAUCCUCAAGACUGAUGGUGGCUCCAAUAAGGAGAACUUGAUCGGUUACAAGUACGACAGGGACGUUGAGAUCAACGGCACCGCCACGCAGCCACCUGCUUCCUUCCCCAACUAUCUGCCCGUCUGGGAUAACGAGACUGAACGAUACCCCCCUCUGGAGCCAUUCGAGCACUAUGAUCAUGGCAAAGAUGCCGACCCCAGCUUCCCGGAUCUGCUGCCCAAGGGUGUGGCCCAAGUGGACGACAUUUGCCCGUUCAUCGGUUCUGAGGUGCACGGCGUGCAAUUGAGCAAGCUCUCCGACAAGGGCAAGGAUCAGCUGGCCCUUUUCGUCGCUCAGCGCCGUGUGGUUGCCUUCCGGGACCAGGACUUUGCCUCUCAGCCCAUCCAGGAGAUGGUUGAUUACACCGGCUACUUCGGCCGACACCACAUCCACCAGACCUCUGGAGCGCCCCCGGGCUUCCCUCAGGUUCACAUUGUGCACCGCAGUGCAGAGGAUCGCACCGGCGCCAAGUUCCUGGAGCAGCGCACCAACACCAUCACCUGGCACUCAGACGUGACUUUCGAAUGCCAGCCCCCGGGAACCACUUUCCUGUACGUGCUGGACGGCCCAUCCAGCGGCGGCGACACUCUCUUUGGCGACAUGGCUCAGGCAUACCGGCGCCUGUCACCCGAGUUCCGUAAGCGCCUCCACGGCCUGCGGGCUGUUCACUCUGGCGCGGAGCAAAUCAACGCCAGUCUCAACGGCGGUGGCAUUGCUCGCCGCAACCCCGUGACACAUGAGCACCCCAUUGUCCGUACGCACCCUGUGACCGGCGAGAAGGCGCUCUAUGUCAACCCGCAGUUCACUCGGUACAUUGUCGGCUAUAAGAAGGAGGAGUCAGACUACCUCCUCAAGUUCUUGUACGACCACAUUGCUCUCUCGCAAGAUCUCCAGGCCCGCGUCCGCUGGAAGGCUGGCACUGUUGUUGUGUGGGAUAACCGCCUGGCUGCCCACUCUGCGGUCUUUGACUGGGAGGAUGGCCAGCGACGUCACAUUGCUCGCCUCACUCCUCAGGCUGAGAGGCCCUAUGAGACUCCUUUCGAAGGCGACGAGAACUGA